CGGGGCGGAAGGCUCGCUCUGCUGGAAUGCGAGGCGCGGCGGCGAGUGGGGCUCUCGCGAACGCGCCUCCUUCUCCCCCCCCCCCCUCUCCAGGCGCGCCUCCGUCUGCCAGGUUUUGGUAUCUCCUGGACUGCAGGAACUCCAGAAAUUGAGGCGGGGGAGGCAGGUCUUCUCUUCAAGCGAGAAUGUCUACUUUCCGCCAAGAAAGGGUUGAAGACCACUAUGACAUGGAGGACGAGCUGGGCAGCGGCCAGUUUGCAAUCGUGCGGAAGUGCCGCGAGAAGAAAACGGGCCUGGAAUACGCGGCCAAAUUUAUCAAGAAACGGCGCCUGUCCUCCAGCCGCCGAGGGGUGAGCCGGGAGGAGAUUCAGCGGGAAGUCAACAUCCUGCGUGAGAUUCAGCACCCUAAUAUCAUCACCCUCCACGACAUUUUUGAGAACAAGACGGACGUGGUGCUGAUUCUGGAACUGGUCUCCGGUGGGGAGCUGUUUGAUUUCCUGGCCGAGAAGGAAUCCCUGACGGAGGAAGAGGCCACCCAGUUCCUGAAACAGAUCCUGGAUGGGGUCCACUAUCUCCACUCCAAACACAUUGCCCAUUUCGACCUCAAGCCUGAAAACAUUAUGCUCCUGGACAAGAAUGUCCCCAGUCCCCGAAUCAAGCUGAUUGAUUUUGGCAUCGCUCACAAGAUUGAGACGGGAAAUGAAUUUAAAAACAUCUUUGGCACGCCAGAAUUUGUAGCUCCAGAAAUAGUGAAUUAUGAACCUUUGGGCCUUGAGGCCGAUAUGUGGAGCAUCGGAGUCAUCACUUACAUCCUGCUGAGCGGUGCCUCCCCCUUCUUGGGGGAAACGAAGCAGGAGACCCUGACCAACAUUUCGGCGGUGAAUUACGACUUUGACGAGGAAUACUUCAGCAACACCAGCGAACUGGCCAAGGAUUUCAUUCGGAGACUGCUGGUCAAGGACCCCACGAAACGGAUGACAAUUGAGCAAAGCUUGGAGCACCCGUGGAUCAAGGUGAUCAAGAGGCGGAACGUACGCAACGAAGACAACGGCAAGAAGCCAGAGCGACGGCGCCUGAAGACCACGCGGCUGAAGGAAUACACCAUCAAGUCUCACUCCAGCAUGCCGCCCAAUAACACCUACAUCAACUUUGAGCGCUUCUCCAAGGUCAUGGAGGAGGUGGCGGUGGCCGAGGAGAGCCUGCGCGAGCUGCAGCAGAGCAAGAGGUCUUUCCGGGAGGACAUUGAGGCCCUGCGGUCCAUUUAUGAGGAGAAGGAGUUGUGGUACAAGGAGGAGAACGAGGCCAUCAGCCAGGAUCUCCGUCAGAUCCAGCAGGAGAUGCAGAAGACGGAGGCCCUGAAGCGGCGAGCUCAGGAAGAAGCCAAGAGCACCUCCUUGGCAGCCAACCGCCUGAAGCGACAUCUCAGGAAGCUGGAGAACCGCUACGAGGCCCUAGCCAAGCAGAUGGCUUCCGAGAUGAAGUUCGUCCAGGAACUGGUCCGUUCGGUGGAGAUGGAGAAGCUGCAGGGUGGAGAAGAAGACUGUGGAAUUCGCUAAUGGGGUCCCUUUUGGUCAGGUGGGAGAAGGCCAUCUCUUCUUGGGUCAGGUCAACCCAUCUUAGAUCCUCCUACUCACCCUUCCAGGGGGGUCAGAAAAGCCACCCGGCCCUCUUCUCCCCGUUGAAUGCUUUCCAAAAUUCCACGUUCCGUCCCGCAACGCUUCUGCCUGGAACCCCGCAUGGAGGAAGAAUUGGUGCACGGAGACAACUUUGCCAUUCCUUCACCUCAAGAUGGACGGGAUGCUGUGAGACGCAGACCCCGGCAGGGUUCAGCUGAGGGUCUUCCAGACACCCCGAGGACACUCCCUUUUCUUCUCUGGCUGACGCUUUGCCGUUCUUGAGAUUCCAAACUUUGGAAAGAACCCAGAAAUCGUUCCCCCCCGGAGAGAUUUCCAGCUAGAGAGGGUGAGGGAGAAGAUCUAUCCUCAUGGAUUUUGAGUUUGUGCGAACCUGAUCUUCAACCCAAGGGGUGUUGACUCGCUUCUCUAACUCAGCUCCUCUAGGAUGGCCCAACGUUUGUCGAGGAGGAGCCAGGAUUCCUGGGGUCUAGAAGGCAAGCUGGGUAAGGGGGGGGCGGUGUUCUAGAAAAUUCUUAGUUUCCCAAUUUUGCAAGGAUUUUCGGAGGGAGUGUCUCUUCUUGAAUUGUGGCUGCCCAAAGGAACCCCAGAGGGGUGAAGAACGGCAGAGCUUCCUCCAUUAAGCUGCAGAGGCAGAAUUGCCAAGAACCCUUUCGAACAAACUCCGAUUUGUUUAAAACCAGGUUAAGAUUUGACCUUUUGCCGGGAGAGGGGGGAGCGGCAGGCUUUUUCUGCCUGUUGUUUUGGACUUCCGAUGGGUUGCAAGAGACCGUUUCCUUAAGUUUGUGUAUUUUAAUUUCUGUGUUGGGGAACAGGAGGUUUUUCGGUGGUCUGCGAGUAAACGUUUUGUAAAAAAAACAACAA